AGACGAAGGCAGAGACACGAGGACAUGGUUUUAAAACUUUAACUCCCACAAACGGAAUACACACUUUGCUACAGAGCUGUCUUUCUACUGUGUUGAUUGCACCGGCUGGGUUGGGAGGAGUUGAAAGUGUUCAUCAUUCAAAAUUAAAACCUGCAUUUGAAGAUGAUGCGAUUGCUGUUCCUGUGUCUGCUGCUGCUGCUGCCAGCCGCUACUGCUGUUUCAGAAGAAAGUGAAGGAUCAGCUGAAGGAGAGCUGGACGAUGAAGAUUUAAAUGCAGAUGCAUUGAUGCCAAGGACUCGUAGCGGACCAGCCAAUGACUCAGAUACAGCUAAAGCUACAGGUGAAGACCAAGACUCAGAUCAAUUCACCAUGAUUGUCAUCAUUGUAGCCGCCACCGCGCUGACUCUUUCUGUUGCAGCAAUAGUCACCAUAAUGUUAGUAAGACGCCACAUGCACAAACCGCAGCACGGGGUCUACUCAGUGCCCACAGAGCAGGACCAGAAAGCGGUGUAGUUCCAGGUGGAGUAGCAGUCCUCAAACACACAGAUGAGAGGAGCAAUGCACCGGGCUAUGUCACCUCCUACUCUUUGACUCAGGACAGUUCUUUGCACAACAGCUUGCUUCUCACUAUGCAGUUCAUUGCUCACUCUUACGCAAACUUUUAUCAAUACAUAUGCAAUAAGUGAUUUUACUGUUUUAUACUUUUGUCUUUGUCCCAGUCGUUUCUAAUCCACAUACACACAAUUUAGCCGGGGACACUUGGAACACAUUCAAACCUUCUAAUUGGAUUCUAUUUGAGGAAUCCAAAUCAAAGCCAGUGAAUAUGGCUUAAAGCUUAUUUUGUUAAAAGGGAUAAUUUAGUCACAGCCAGAGUGCCCCCCCCCUUUUUUUUUUUAAUUUUACUACCUGAAACAAGAAAUUAUUCCCAGAAGCUAUACAAUGAAAUCUGUAUUUGUGUUUGAUUUGGUACACGUGAAACAGAUGUUGCUGUGUGGAAAAAGGUCGAUGAGCGAGACAAACCGCGCCAAUCCACACUAAGCAAGCCCAGUGCUCACUUCAUUCUCCUAUUCACUUGUCUGACAUAUUCUGUUCCUGGCCCAUUAGCAGUGACAGGAGGCAGUGCAAUAAGAAGAUAAAAAGAUACACCCCCCCCCCCCCCAACCUUGGCAAAAAAAAUAAGGAAAAGAAAUGUGUCAAAAUAGCUGGUCUGAACAUCUUCUUGCAAGGCAUCAAAUUAAUCGACUGCCGUGAGUGAUGAUGUUUUCUUUUCCCCCUCUCUUUUUCGUUUUGAAAGGCUUUCACUUCAGUCUUGCAGAUUGUAAAUAGCUCUCUGAAUGCUGUAGAGAGUUAGAUUAAUGCCUCACACGCUGGCAGAGGGGAGCUGGGUGUGAGGGAGGGAUAAAAUCUCUUGAAUCAAAUAAAGUGUUGGGAAUGAUUGGGAAAAUACCAACAAUGCUUUUGUUUCAUUCAUACGGGGCAUGAUGGCUUCUCUGUUUUCAUUUAAAUGGAAAUCAAUCAUGCUCUCUGAAAGAAAGCUUUCUAUCAAAGAACCCAGGGCAUUGACUGCCUUAUUUGUUCUAAUAUGGAGAAGAGAACUUUCUGUGGAAAAGGUUGAAGGGGAAAAGGGACAAGCUCCUGUUUGACAUGACAGUAUUUCAUCUGUGGCCUCAUGAGGAGCAUUUGUAGUGGAGUCGGCAACACUGGGAAAGACUCGAUGGGGUUAAACACUGUGCUCUUCCACUAAAUCUUGCAGCUAAUCUUGGCACUGUGGGCUGGCCUUGGCUCUGAUCCAGCCAGAUUUGAGAGCAAAAACAAUUGUGCAGUCACGUCUUCAUCAGGGUGUACAGCGGUUACAGGUCUUUGCUGUAAUGGUGAUGCAUCCUGAUAUACUUGACACAAACAAAUUGGCAGAUGUGAUUGUUUGUCUUUUGCCUUUUGUUUUACUGCACUGUGUGUAAAGUGUGUUACUUCUCAAAGCGUAGCGUUGCCCAAUAAGCCUUCAAUAUGUGUCAGCAUUUCAAUGGGAGGACAAUUGGACAGCAAUUGCAGCACAAAACAUUUCAGUUUUUUACAUCUUUGUAGUUACAUAUUCACAUUUACUCAUAUCCACUAUUUCUGUUAUACAGUCAAACAACAGCACAGUAACAUCGGCAACAGAGUUCUCUUUGAAUGCUUUUUCCAAAAUGUAGAAAGCAAAUAGACGUAGUCUUUUGGGUCCAGCCUGCUCCAUGUAUGUGAGCAAACUCUGUUAUUCCUCCUCUGUGGUGACACUACUGAUGUAAAUGUAAGAAAUUGUAGCCUCUUUGUUUCCUCCUCAACGUGAUGUAUGUAUUUUUUUUUAGUAUUUUUUUUUAUAUAAUAUAAUGGCAGUAUUUCUGUCCAUUCUCUAUAUUUGUUUUUCAAGCCCAACCACAAGCAGAAAUGGAUGAGUUUAUGUCUCCAUACUUGGUUGUAUUUUCUGACUUUGCAGCAUUUCCUUUCCUAAAAUGCUGCACAUGUGCUGUCAAAUUGAUUGAUUUGCUCAGUUUGCUUGUGGGUUAUCUGUUCUAUUUUUUUAAGUAAGUUAAAGGUCCACAUUUAAUUGUGUUAACGUCUUACGGCAUGCCACUUCUUAUGCAAAAAGAGUAGUUGUGGCUCCAGAGAACAACAUUUUCCACACAGUACUCAACAAAACUUGGAAAGUCACUUUAAUGUGUAAAAUUGGUGGAGUUGCC